UGCUCGGCAUUAUAAAGUACCGCCCACAUUCUCCGCGCCUGCUCAAUGCGGAUAUAGCUGCUAACUUUCCUGACAGUCACGUAUAUUAUCUGCACCGUUCAGGGACAAACGUUGCAUACAAUUCCGUGAGCUGGCUCGUAGCAAUAAGUGAUAUACACGAUAGUUGUAUCCGUUACCCGAGUCUAAGGUCUUACUGUGGCGAAACAGGACACUUAAUGCGCGUCGGGGGCUAGUUGAUGUUAGCAUGCUAAAACUAGCCACCUAGCCGUGUGUGGCUAACAGGAGUAGCCAGUCAUUGUGACAGCAGAGAGCCAAGAUUUGUGUGAAGUUUUGAAUCAAAGGGAUGGACCUUGAGCCAGAGGCAGCCUCAGAACGAAUUCUCCUGGAGCCAUACAAAUACUUGUUGCAGCUGCCAGGAAAGCAAGUGAGGACAAGACUUUCUCAAGCAUUCAACCACUGGCUCAAUGUUCCAGAGGACAAACUGCAGGUGAUCAUCGAAGUGACGGAGAUGCUGCACAACGCCAGCUUGCUCAUAGAUGACAUUGAGGACAGCUCCAAGCUGCGGCGAGGCUUCCCCGUAGCCCACAGCAUCUACGGCAUUCCUUCCGUCAUCAACUCCGCUAACUACGUCUACUUCUUGGGUUUGGAAAAGGUGCUGACGCUGGAGCACCCAGAGGCUGUGCGCGUCUUCACGCGGCAGCUGCUGGAGCUGCACCGCGGCCAGGGCUUGGACAUCCAUUGGCGAGACACGUACACCUGUCCCACCGAGCAGGAGUACCGCAACAUGGUGCUGCAGAAAACUGGUGGGCUCUUCGGCCUGGCAGUAGGCCUAAUGCAGCUCUUCUCCGACUGGAAGCAGGACUUGAAACCACUCCUGGACACGCUGGGUCUCUUCUUUCAGAUCCGGGAUGACUACGCCAACCUGAGCUCACGCGAGUACAGCGAGAACAAGAGCUUCUGCGAGGACCUAACAGAAGGGAAGUUCUCUUUUCCCACAAUCCACGCCAUCUGGUCACGCCCUGAGAGCACCCAGGUGCAGAACAUCCUCCGGCAGCGCACCGAGAACAUGGACAUUAAACGCUACUGCGUGGACUACUUGGAGAAGGUGGGCUCGUUCGCGUACACCCGCCAGACGCUACGUGACCUGGAGGCAGAGUCCUAUCGACUAGUCAAAGAGUUUGGGGGGAACCCUCAGCUGGAGAGCCUGGUCAAAAUCCUUAGCCACAUGCACCAGGAGGUGGACACAACAGGAGAGUCUAACUGUGAGCUGCAGUCCAACCAGGACAACUGAACUCUGUUUCCUGCAUACCAAAUGAACAUAGUGAAGUUGUUAAUGUAGGGAAACGCAAUUCUAGCACAUGCAAUCAUGUUCAAACAUCGAAGAGGUCAUAAGUCCAUUUGCUUCUAAACGUAAAAAGUUCCAGUGGACCACAUUUCAUUUCCUUCCUCUGCAACAAACACCAUCAAACAUUGUGCAAGGUUUUAAAGCACUUUGAGUGCCUUGAAGGUAGAAAAGUGUUUUAAUAAUAAAGCCCAUUUGCUGAUGUUUUGAGUGCUGAAGUGACAUGUUGGUCCUUAUUCAUCACUCAUGUCUGUCUUACUUGUUACACUACUGCUACUGCUUGUGUGCAUUGAUUCCUCACAGUAUGAUCACAUUUACUUUAUUUCAUCACUCUCUGUUGUCAUUACAUGCAUUUGUAUCUACUAAAUAAAGACUAUUCAUAAAUCUUAAA